UCGAGAGUCAGGGAGCGCUGAGUGCGUGCGCGGUGCGGAAACUCGUUGAAGGUAACGCGAGCGGCAGAGGGGGCGGGUUUGUCGUCCUCGCCCUGUCAGCAACUGGAGGUAGGUGAUGAAGUUGCCGAUUUCCAGCGGCUCUCCUCCACCCUCUGGCUAUCGCCGCCAUUAUGUCCGUCAUCGCCACUAUAGAACAGGAGUUUCAGGAGGUCGACGCUGCUAACGACUGGCAGCCCCGCUACUUGGAUAUUCGGCAUCAAUCUAGUGAUUAUCCUCAUAAAGUGGCAAAGUAUGCAGAAAACCGAAAUCGGAACAGAUACAGAGAUGUUAGCCCAUAUGAUCACAGUCGUGUAAUACUACAGAACACUGACAAUGAUUACAUCAAUGCCAGCUUGGUGGUUAAUGAAGAAGCUCAAAGAAAUUAUAUAUUAACACAGGGUCCACUUCCUAACACAUGUUGCCAUUUCUGGCUAAUGAUAUGGCAACAACAGACCAAAGCAGUUGUCAUGCUUAAUAGAAUUGUUGAGAAGGAUUCGGUGAAAUGUGCACAGUAUUGGCCAACAAAAGAAGAGGAACCCAUGAUAUUCAGAGAGACGGGGUUUUGUGUAAGGCUAAAAUCUGAAGAUGUCAAAUCAUACUAUACAGUACGACAGCUCCAGCUAGAAAGUAUCAAUACUGGUGAGUCCAGGGUAAUACUCCAUUUUCACUAUACUACAUGGCCAGAUUUUGGAGUUCCUGAAUCCCCAGCUUCAUUCCUCAACUUCUUGUUUAAAGUCAGAGAAUCUGGAUCUCUGAGUUCUGAACAUGGACCUGCAGUCAUUCACUGUAGUGCUGGAAUUGGGCGCUCUGGUACAUUUUCAUUGGUAGACACAUGUCUUAUCAUGAUGGAAAAAAGAAAAGAUCCAUUUCACGUAGAUAUCAAGCAAGUAUUACUGAAUAUGAGAAAAUAUAGGAUGGGACUGAUUCAGACUCCUGAUCAACUAAGAUUUUCAUAUAUGGCUGUAAUAGAAGGAGCAAAAUAUAUAAUGGGGGAUUCCACUAUGCAGUGUCGCUGGAAGGAACUCUCAAGAGAAGACCAAGCACCAAGUUCUGAAUGCUCUCCUCCGCACCCAACUAAACUUACUGCAGAAAAGUACAAUGGGAAUAGCCUGGGUUUAGAAGAACAGGAGCAAGGACAGAACAUAAAUGUUGAUCUGCUCUCUCCCAUACAAAAUGCUUCAGAUACAAAUGAUGACAAGGCUUUACGGAAGCGGCUGCGAGAAGACAAAAAAGCUAACACAGCACAGAUGGUGCAGCAGAUGAAACAUAGGCUGAGUGAAUCUGAAAGAAAAAGAAAAAGGUGGUUAUAUUGGAAGCCUAUUGUUAUUAAGAUUGGAUUUGGUUCAGCCAUAUUUGUUAUAGCUUAUUCUUCCUGGAAAUUGUAUUCCCAGUACAUGCUCAUGUAAGUAAGUGAGCAAUCUUGCAUCUACUAUGAACCUUACAUCCCAUGAUUUAGUGGGAUUUAAAGUGAGUAUAAAUGGAUCCAAGAUUGCUGCCACAUCUGACAGAACAAAUGUGUUUUUACUUCACCAGUGGCAAUUUAACUUGCAGCAUUGAACUCUUGUUAGUCUGAAUGGCCAAGUCACCAGAAGGAUGACCUACAUACAUGAUAUAAGCAAUAAACUGUGUAGUGAUAUUCUGAAUGCAAAAAGUUACAUUUGUAUAUUAAUGUACCAUUAACCAUUUAUACUAUGCAGAGUUAAAACAAAUUUGAUAACUCUCUAUAUAAUCAUUUUGUAAAUAACUGUAUUUUUAAAAGCUACAUUUGUAUAAAUUAUCCAAUAGAAAUGAGUUAUUGGUGCAUCUACCACCACCUUUUCAGGAAUGACUUGGAAAUUUACUUUGACCAUUCCCAAUGCAAUGAUUAAUAAAUUGUUUCAGAAAUUAAAUGUUAGCAAAUAAUUAUUCCACAAUUUCUACUUGUAAGAUGUAUACAUGUAUUUAUGCUUAGCUAUUUUAUUUAAAACAUAUUUGAAAAUAUUUAAUUUUAUAAGUCUACUGGGAGGUUGGAUCUUGUAUCUCAAGCUGCCUCUUUGGAAAAAAUACUUUGUCAAGACUGCAGCUACUGUUGGAAGCCAUAGCUUGUGUUUAAAGCUUAAACAUUCCAUUAAAUGUGAAACAUUUUUGUGGGUC